CGCCCUCCAUUGCUGCCCACAGGUAAGGCAAGGUUUCCCUUUCUUUUUCCAUGGCUAUGGCUUGCUUUCUCUUGCACGGUUAGCUAAAUCCUAGAAACCCUAAUUGUUGUGGUAGAUUGGCAUGGGGAUUUGAGUGGGACGAGCCGUAUUUGACAAAGGGUGUGAUGGAUCUGCAGAGGACCGACGGAGUUUCUGAGCAUGUUUCUGCUCAAUCCAAUGAGGUAGAAAAUGUUAGUAGCAUUGUUGAUUGGUCAAAACUAGUGAUUGAACCUGAGAAGGAUGAAGAUGAAGAGGAUUCUCUUGAUGAAAAAGGGAUACCGGAUGAAAAGCCUGUGAAUGAGAAUGCGAUGUUCGCGCUGCUGGGUCUAAAAACAGAGGCAGAUGAAGACGGAAUGAAGCCUUGUCCGAUUGUUGCUCCUACUCCUGACUUGGAUGAUACUAAAGAUGUGGCUAUUCUUGUUGAUGAUAUGGCUCAAGAGGAAGCACUUAUUGUAUGGGAUGAACGACACCCGAAGAUGGAUAUAGGGACACCUUAUCCUGAUAUGGCUGCAUUUAGAAAGGCAAUCAAACAAUUUGCUAUCAAUGGAGAGUUUGAGUAUGGCACUACAAAAAAUGAGCCAGCGAGGUUUCGGGCUUUUUGUAAAGGUCAAGGCAUAAAAGGUGAACCUUGCCAAUGGUGUUUGUCAGCUAGUUGGCGGAGAGACCAGAAUUGUGUGAUGGUUGUGAAGCAUCAAAUUGAGCACAUUUGUAGCUCAACGAGUGGAAAAGUGACAAGCAUGACUGAUCAAGCUUGGGUGGCUGAAAGGGCAGCAGCUAUGUUGAAGAAAGAUCCAACAGUUGGUGCUACCAAGAUACUGCAUGUGUUGCAGGAUGAGUAUCAUGUCACACUUGACUAUCACACGGUGUGGAAAGGCAAACAAAAGGCAGCAACCAGCUUGUAUGGGAGUUGGGAAGAAAGUUUCAGGAUGUUGUACAACUACAAGGCUGAGAUAGAACUGAGAUCUCCAGGGAGUAUUGUAGAGAUUGAUACAACUACAGUUGAUGGCCAGGUACAUUUCAGCAGACUAUUCAUUGCUUUCAAGCCUUGCAUAGAUGGGUUUUUGAAUGGAUGCAGGCCUUAUAUUAGCAUUGAUUCAACUCAUUUAAAUGGCAAGUGGAAUGGCCAGUUAGCUGUAGUUACUGCUUUGGAUGGCCACAACUGGAUGUUUCCGGUUGCUUAUGGCUUUAUUGAGUCUGAAAAUGGAGAUAAUUGGGCCUGGUUCAUGAAUCAAGUGAAGAAGGCAAUUGGGGACACUCCGGUAUUGGCUGUUUGUACUGAUGCUUGCAAGGGUCUUGAAAAUGCUGUCAAACAGGUUUUUCCUCAAGCUGAGCAGCGUGAGUGCUUUAGGCAUAUGUACCACUAUUUCAGGAAAUAUUUUCAUGGUGAUGUGUUUGGACGGUUGUGGCCUGCUGCUAGGGCAUAUAGCAUCGGAGAAAGUAUAUCCGUAUCUUAG